AUGUCUUCCUUCAACGUCGUCGUCUUCGCCGGUGACCACUGCGGUCCGGAGGUCACCAAGGAGGCCAUCAAGAUCCUCAAGGUCAUCGAGAAGAAACGCGGUGAUAUCAGCUUCAACCUGCAAGACCACCUGCUGGGCGGCGCCUCUAUCGAUGCCACCGGCUCCCCUUUGACGGAUGAGGCCCUCACGGCCGCGAAGAACGCGGAUGCCGUUCUGCUCGGCGCAAUCGGUGGCCCGAAAUGGGGCACCGGCGCCGUCCGCCCAGAACAGGGCCUCCUGAAGCUGCGCAAAGAAAUGGGCACAUUCGGCAACCUGCGACCAUGCAACUUCGCCGCGCCCUCUCUCGUCGAUGGAUCCCCCCUCAAAGCCGAGGUCUGCCGCGGCGUGGAUUUCAACAUCAUUCGCGAGCUAACCGGCGGGAUCUACUUCGGUGACCGCACCGAAGACGACGGCAGCGGAUUCGCAAUGGACACGGAGCCGUACUCGCGCGCCGAGAUCGAGCGCAUCACUCGGCUGGCCGCGCACCUUGCUCUGCAGCACACCCCGCCGCUGCCCGUGUGGAGUCUCGACAAGGCGAACGUCCUCGCCACGUCGCGGCUAUGGCGCAAGGUUGUCACUGAGGUCAUGGAGAAGGAGUUCCCCACUGUUCAGCUUGGUCACCAUCUUAUUGACUCCGCGGCGAUGCUCAUGGUAAAGGAUCCUCGCAAGCUCAAUGGCAUUGUCGUUACGAGCAACCUGUUCGGUGAUAUUAUUAGUGAUGAGGCGAGCGUGAUUCCUGGUUCGUUGGGGCUGUUGCCGAGUGCGUCGCUCAGUGGUGUGCCUGAUGGGAAGACUCGGGUGAAUGGUAUCUAUGAGCCUAUUCACGGCUCCGCCCCUGACAUCGCCGGCAAGGGCAUCGUCAACCCCGUCGCUGCUAUCCUCUCCAUCGCCAUGAUGAUGCAGUACUCCUUCGGCCGGUUCGACGAGGCCCGCAUCAUUGAGAAGGCCGUGAGUAAUGUCAUCGAGGCGGGCGUGCGCACCGGCGACAUCGGCGGCAAGGCGACCACCUCGGAGGUCGGCGAUGCCGUUGCUGCUGAGCUGGAGAAGUUGCUCUAA